CAGGAAUUAACAUUAAAUGCUCAACAGAUCACAAAGUAAUUGGUUUUAAUAAUGAAUAGUCUGCAAUCUGGAAAAUAUAUCAAAAUUGUGUUCAUUUUUUUAUUUUUGAAAAGGAUUUGUAUCUGAUUUUGCAAAUGAACUCUUCAUCUCAGCAUUCAUUUUUAAGUUUUUGUUGUUUGACAUCACAAUAAGGGACCGACUGCUGCAAACACACAGAUUUUUUUUUAUUCUUCUCAUGUGCAGAUUAUUCUUAAAUAUUCAAAUUAAACCUGUAAUCAGUUCUCGUCAUGCACGCAGCCUGUUUUUUUUUAAAUCCUCGACCGCAGAAGAACAAACCGAAACCUUUUCUGACUUCUCUGUGUUUGACUUUUUGCGUCAGCUGCAGCACCGACAAUAGAAACUCACGGGUGAUUUGUGUCGUGUCCUGUAAACAACAGGCUGCAGAGGCAAAGAGAAGCUUUUCACUCUGACAAUGCUGUUUAAUUAGAUCUAUUGACGUGAGCUCUGCUGCUUUGUGCUGCUGUUAAUGCAGCGCAGCUUAAAAGCGUUUGCUCACAUCGAGAUGACGACAAACAGCCAUGUUGGCUCUGACGACUCUCGCUUUCCUCGCGUUUAUCGGGGUUUGCAGCAGCGAGCCGUCAGACUGCUCUUACGCCGCUCUGCUCACACACCUGAACAUCACGCCUGCAAACGACCUUCUGACCAUCAUGAGACCCGUGAAGAACUGGAGGACGCCCACUACCGUUAUGAUCGACAUGUUGCUGUACGGGAUUCUGGAAGUGGAUGAGAAGUCUCAAACUCUUACAACUCACAUCUGGAUAAAGAUGACUUGGACAAAUGAAUUGCUCACUUGGAAUUUCUCAGACUUCUGUGGGAUUCGCCAGAUCGCUGUUCCGAGAUCGAGGCUGUGGAUCCCAGAUAUACAAAUAGCAGAGGACGCCUCUGACACCAGCAGCAUUUCAGAGAGUCAUAUUGUUAACGUUUACCAUAACGGACUUCUGAUGGCAAACACUCGCCAGCGGCUGACGUCCACCUGCCGCCUCGAUCUCAAACUGUUCCCGUUUGAUUCUCAGAGCUGUAAAAUGUCGUUAGGAUCCAUGAGCUCAGCAGUGGACACGUUGAUCCUGGACACAACCUUGAGUGACACAACCUUGACAAACAUCUCUGAGCAAACGAUGGUCACGAAGGGAGAAUGGGAACUCAAUGCUGUCGAAGUACAAAAAGCUUUUUUCCAUUCGAACGGAAAUCAGAGCACACUGGAAUACACGUUCACCAUCUCCAGGAAGCCAAUGCUUUAUGUGAUCAAUUUAAUCGUGCCACUGUUCUACUUUCUGAUCCUGGAUCUGGCCUCGUUCUUCAUCAGCGAGGCUAGAGGUGAGAAGCUGAGCUUCAAAGUGACCGUCCUGCUGUCCAUCUCCGUCCUGCUGCUCAUUCUCAAAGACAUGCUGCCCUCCACGGAGCAGAACCUGCCACAGAUCGCCAGCUACUGCGUGGCCGUGUUCGCCCUGGUGGGGCUGAGCGUCCUGGAGGCCAUGCUGGUCAGCUACCUGUUCGACCUGGAUGCUCGCUGCGCCACUCACUGUGGUCAGGAGGCCGAAACUGUUGAUGACGGAGAGGAUAUUCAGCUGGAAGUCGACUACAAGAAGGAGCCCAAUGACGCUGAAGAGUUCCCCCAGAAGAGUGACCUUCCUCUGGAUCGAUCCAACGGCCGCGACCUGCUGAAACAACUCCUGGAGGAGGUGAAGGCCGCUCGGCAGAAAGCUGAAAAACAAGAAAAAGACAAGAUGAAGCCAGGACGCUACAGAACACUGGCUGAAUACAUCGACUCUGUGUUCUUUACUCUCUAUUUUUUAACUGUUGUAGGUUAUCUGAUGUACGUCGCUAUAGUGUGGGUCUCACAAGUGGUUGAGUGAAUUAGGUUCAUAAUAAAUAGCGACACAAAUGUGACUUGAUCUUAUAAAAAUUACAAUAUUUACAUCAUGAAACGAUCAUUUUA